CAAGUCCCAGCUCUUCUCCCAUAGACACUCGUUCUUUUGCAAAAAAAAAAAAAAAAAAAAAAGAAAAGAAAAGAAAGAAAGAAAUUAACAUGAAAUGAAAAAAGGAAAAUAAAAUCCAAUGGAGGGAAGAUCCGGCUCAUCUGACCUGCUCUCCCCCCUUGGAGCGAAUCCUUCUAGCAAAUUUCUGCUGCAUAAUUAAAGAUCUAACUGAAAGAAGGUGGCUUCUUUCCUCAGGAACGGAAGGUGAUGGAGGGAGACUGUGCUGGAAAUUAAUUUUGCCAAAAGUCUUUAAGCAGUGGGGGAAUUUAUUUGUAUUUCUGCUUCCCCUUCUCUCCCCCUUCCAGCAUUUCUGCCUUUUUCCCCCAGCAGCUGGUUCCUGUUCAUUAUAAAUCGGCGAGACCUUUCAGUCUCUGCCCUCUGUUUAGGGACGUAAUAAAACACUUAACUUUCCGGGGCUGAGACUUACAUUCUGCUCCUCAGGUCGCCCACCCCCGCGCCCACCGCCUUUAGGCCCCAAAGGAGACUCUUUCCAACUUUGGGGCCCCUUUCCCCUCCAGACCUGGUUUAGGAGGGGCUCAAGGAAACCCAGGCAUCCUGGUUGGGAAGCUGCAACACAUGCUUCCCCAGAAGCCCUUUCUUGCUUCCAAGAUCCUUCCUUCCCUUACCCACCCAUAAAAGAGAUUUAAAAAUACAUGGAAAAUCAACACUCAUUGAAAGUGAAACCUCAUUAAGACAUCCUAUCUUCCAUCAUUCAAUUUGUUGAACAUUGCAACAAUUUAAUAUCUUGAAGGAAAUAUCACUGACAUGAUUUAUCCCUCCAGCAAUCUCUCUCUGAAAUGGGGGGGGGUGAUGAGGAGGGAGGGUAUUUACUCUCUCUUCUGGCCUGUCCUGUGUGUUGCACAGCUACCCCUAGGGCAGAAUUGAGGCUGGAAACUCUGAGAGCAGCUACUUGUGUCCAGGGGUGCACUGGCUAGUCCCUUAGCUCAUCCCCCUGGGUCUUCCACUCCCUCCCCAGUUCUCUCUCCCUCUUGCCCUCCAGGGGGCCUGGAGCCCCAGCCAGCUGUUGGAAACCUCUGUCCAGGCAUGUCAUGAAUUCGAAGACAGCUGGAUUCUAGAGCGAAAAGCAGCUCAAGCUGGUGCUGGUGUCUGUGUACCUGCCAUGUCACCCCAAAAUGAGACAACUCAUCUCAGAAUUUCUUUCUUAAUUUUAAGAAUCCUUCUCUAGACUUUCACUGUCUCCUUGGGGAGAGGAAAGUAUGGUCCAAGAGGGGGAACCUUUAUAAUUACAGGGCGUUUUCCCUCUGCCUUUCUAAAUACCAACAAUUUCCCUCCUCUCUGAAGGAUUAGGGCUGCAUUUUGAAAAGCUAACACCAACUGUUUCACAGGAAGACUCUUCAAUCCCAUAACGAGGUUCAUGCAUUAACUAACAUGUCUCCAUCAGCUCCUACACACUGUCUGCUUUUGGGUUCGAAACUUUAUUUUUCCCCCCUAGCGACACUCCAGGGAAGCCUUAACGUUACAGAAGAUGAAUAAACGAGUUUUUUCCCAGCGUAGUCCCGUUUAUGGCUUUAUUGCUACCCAUUGAUUACUCCGCUUUGUUACACAGAAGGAAAAGAUCAUAAAAUCUGGCGACAUCCGGGUUCUUGUUAUAGCCAGUCUCCCCCCCCCCCAAAAAUGGUGAGGGGAAAAUAUGAGCUUCCACUGCUCCCUUUGCUUGUCCAACCGCCCCACUCUUUGUCAACUCAAAGUAUUUUCAGCCUAUGUUACGAUAUCAAAUUAAGUUUGGAUUAAUCAGGGGAAAAAAGCCCAUCUGCACACCUUCCGCUGUUUCUGUUCGCCCAUUGCGGCUCCCUCAGAAGCCUCGGACUCAGCUGCCUUUCCCUAACCUUCUCUUCCUUUUUCUCAGCCCCAAGGUGGGAAGAAAAUAAGAGUAGGGGCUGCUGAGAGGCCCGGACCCCAUCAGGUGUGGCUGGCCCUUGGGUGAGAGCUCCCCAGGAAAACUAGGCUGGAAUCUCCAAGCCCCAGAGCUCAGGUCCAGGAACACCUCCCUUGGCAGGGCAGAGUCUGAGGGGGCAGGGGCUUCUGACCUGGGUGGGGGCUUGAGCCUGCAACAUGCUCACUGUCCAUCAGAGCCCCAUCAGCCUUCUUUUUCUGGCUGGAUCCUAGUGAAUUACCCCAACCGGCCCUGGCUGGCUCCAAAUCAUAAAUUCUCACCAACAUAAACAGGAGUUGAUGUGUCUAGAAAGACACUCAGAGUUUUCUUCUUUCCUUCUUCCUUCCUUUUCCUCUCUCUCCCACCUUUUACUUCUUUCUCUUCCUUGCCUAUUGUAUUUUUUUCCAAUAAAUUUUCCCUUUUGGGCAAAAAUGCUGCAGGAGUUUCCCCAAAAAGAGGGUCCUGAGGAGGAGGUGGAGGGGGGCUAGGAGGAAGAAGCAGCAGCUCCUUUGCACACCUCACCUUCGCCACUGCACCCUGAAGUCUUGCCCUUCCCUUGUAAGACUUAGUAGCUCCCCACUUGCCCCCUACACCCCAGACUCUCAGACACACUCUCCUUCCUCUGAGCAUCCUGUUUUAUGCAACUUCUUUCUACUUUUGAUUUUUAAAAAAUUAUUUGGAAAAAAAUAUACUGGUUUAGUGAUGGGGACUCACACCAUGAAGUGUCAAACCAGGAUUUCCUGUAGGAUUUCUGGGGAUCCCCCUGAGCUGAGAGGGAGCUCCUCCUCCCAUGGGGGAAUCAGGAUGUAAUUUUAGAAGGGAGCAUAUAUAAAAGAUGAAAUCAGAUUGAACAUACAGGGAUUUCUCCAGCCCUGGCUCUGGUCACAGCACAGCAAAGUUAACUGGGGCUGAGAGAUUUGCUGGGAGUGCAGCUCUCUUUUUCUGGGCCCCAAGGCCCUGCUCACGAACAUUCACCCUUCCUUCACCUUCAAAUCAGUUACCUUUCAUAUAUAUUUUAAAGAAAUCCAAGUCUUACUUUCAAAGCACACACUUAGUCUCAACUAGGGAAUCAACAGAAGCAGAAGCGAUUUUUUUCCCCCUUCUUGACAUCUGGCUUGCGAUUGGCUGGAAGGGGGUCAGCUGACUUUGUCAUUUUGUCUGUCCUGGAUUGGAGCCGUCCCUAUAACCAUCUAGUUCCGAGUACAAACUGGAGACAGAAAUAAAUAUUAAAGAAAUCAUAGCCCGACCAGGUAAAGGCAAAGGGAUGAAUUCCUACUUCACUAACCCUUCCUUAUCCUGCCACCUCGCCGGGGGCCAGGACGUCCUCCCCAACGUCGCCCUCAAUUCCACCGCCUAUGAUCCAGUGAGGCAUUUCUCGACCUAUGGAGCGGCCGUUGCCCAGAACCGGAUCUACUCGACUCCCUUUUAUUCGCCACAGGAGAAUGUCGUGUUCAGUUCCAGCCGGGGGCCGUAUGACUAUGGAUCUAAUUCCUUUUACCAGGAGAAAGACAUGCUCUCAAACUGCAGACAAAACACCUUAGGACAUAACACACAGACCUCAAUCGCUCAGGAUUUUAGUUCUGAGCAGGGCAGGACUGCGCCCCAGGACCAGAAAGCCAGUAUCCAGAUUUACCCCUGGAUGCAGAGAAUGAAUUCGCACAGUGUGUGUUUUGUGCCCGGAUCUCUAGGGGUCGGCUAUGGAGCGGACCGGAGGCGCGGUCGCCAGAUCUACUCGCGGUACCAGACCCUGGAACUGGAGAAGGAAUUUCACUUCAACCGCUACCUAACGCGGCGCCGGCGCAUCGAGAUCGCCAACGCGCUGUGCCUGACCGAGCGACAGAUCAAAAUCUGGUUCCAGAACCGCCGGAUGAAGUGGAAAAAAGAGUCUAAUCUCACGUCCACGCUCUCAGGGGGCGGUGGAGGGGCAGCGGCUGACAGCCUGGGCGGAAAAGAGGAAAAGCGGGAAGAGACAGAAGAGGAGAAGCAGAAAGAGUGACCAGGACUGUCCCUGCCACCCCUCUCCUGCUCCCUCGCUCCCCCCAGCUCCCUCCUAAUCACACACUCUGUAUUUAUCACUGGCACAAUUGAUGUGUUUGGACUCCCCGAGACAAAAUUAGGGCGUCAAAUAUGGACCUGAAAAGUCAACUUUGGACCCCCCUCCCUCACCGCACAAACUCUUUCACCAGGCGCCUCCUCCUCCUCGCUCCCGCUAGCUCGUUCUCGGCUUGUCUGCAGGCCCCUUCCCCCGCCCAGGCCUUGGGGCUCUCCCCAGAACCUCGCUUCAGACUCCACAGAUCUUCCUCCAAACGAGGACUUGGCCUCCCACCCCUUCGGCGCCCCCCACCCCCGCCCCCGCGCAGAGAGCCGGCUCCCGGGCCCGGGGGCCUCCGCUCCGGGGCCUCAGGGCCCGGCCUGGCCGCCGGGGAGGGCGGGAGGCCCAAGGAGGGCGCGUCGUGGCCCCACAGCAACCCCCAGGGCCUCCCCGCAGCCCCCGCCCGGCCCCUCUGCCCCAGCAAAUGCCCAGCCCAGGCGAAUUGUAUUUAAAGAAUCCUGGGGGUCAUUAUGGCAUAUUACAAACUGUGACCGUUUCUGUGUGAAUAUUUUUAGCUGUAUUUGUGGUCUCUGUAUUUAUAUUUAUGUUUAGCACCGUCCGUGUUCCAAUCCCACCUUAAAAAGAAAAAAAAAAAAGAGGGAAAAUUACAAAAAGAGAGGAAAAAAAGUGAAUGACGUUUGUUUAGCCAGUAGGAGAAAAAAAUAAAUUAAAAAAAUCCCCUCGUGUUACCCUCCUGUAUAAAUCCGACCUCUGGAUCCGUUCUCGAAUAUUUAAUAAAACUGAUAUUAUUUUUAAAUGUU